CCCCCGCCAGGCUGCUGGGGCAGAACCCCGGGGCCAUCUCCGGGUAACGUCCCUUGUGACCUCAGCCCCGGGUCCACCGAGAGCGUCCGCGGCGCCGCUGGGGGGGCUGAAGGCAACAUGAAUGUCACCAUCACGCUGGCAGAGCUGGCGGACAUGGCCUUCGGCACAGCCAGCGGCGGCAGCCCCCUGGUCCGCAGCCUCCUGCGCGGCCUCCUGGAGCACCUCCAACCGCAGGAGGCCACGGCACAGGUCGGGGAGGAUGAGAGGGGUCUCUUGGAGCCCACUGCCACUGUGGCCGGGGGGAAACCCAGCUCCAUCCACCAGCAGAGGCGGCCGUCGCUGGGGAGAGCGGAGGGGCAGCCAAGCUACCGCAGCGAGCCCCCGGGCACCGCAGAGCCACCAGCCCCAGACAGGGCAGGCACCAAGGAGUGGCAGAUGUUGCAGUUGAAGAAGAGGAUGGAAGUGACUAAGGAGGGGAUGAUGAAGGUCAUAGACAUGCUGCAGGAGAUGCUCACCACCAUCAGCUCCCUGAAAACCACUGUUGAGGGCUUCCAGGAGGAGUUGCAGGUCCUGAAGGACAAUUUCCAGAAGGCUGGUCUGGAGGAAGCGCGAGAGCGGUUGGUGAGGCAGGAUGAGCAUGGCCACCUCCUGCAGAGCAUCCUGAACCAACUGGCGGAGGUGCGUCAGGAAUUGCGCAGGAGCUCUCCCUGCAGGGUGCCUGCUGGUGAGAAGCUCUCCAACCAGCAGCUCAGGCCCAAGGCCUCACAGGAGCUGGCCCAUGAAGCCCCAUGCAGGCUGAGCUGGCUGCUGGAGCAGCACAAGGCAGCAGGGACCCACGUCAGCUGUCACGAGAGCCAGCUCCAGCAGCACACUGACUCAGGGACCUUGGAGGACAUGGCUGCCCAACUGGAGAAGGUGCCAAGAGAGAUGAGGCACCUUCAGCAUGGAGAAGAGAAGCUGGACCAUGCGGUGCUGGCUCCCCUGCAGGUGCAGCUGGAGCAGGUGUGGAGGCUCAUCCAGCAGUGCCUCUGCCAGGGACCCUGCUGUGGUGCCAGCCGUGCUGCUGGCUUCAAGAGGCAACUCUUUGAUCCAAUGAAGUGCAUCUCCUGCGACAGACCCCUGGCCACAGCCACGGCAUCGCACUUGGUGACCAUCCAAAAGGACAGCCAGCUCCUCCAGCCCCAGCCAGCCAGCGCCGGCAGCUCCAGCUGCCUGGCACAGUGGCUGCUGGGGAGGGAGAGCGAAGGGUGUCGUAGAGCCAGCCGGGGUCCUGUGAGUCCUGCCAGGCCACUGUCCACCUCCAGCUCCCUUGUCACCCUCUGUUCCUGUGGACACCCUGCAGACUUUGUCUGCCAGAAUAGAGAAGUGGAUAUUUUGGGCAUCGACAGGGUCAUCUAUAAGGGCAGGCUGGGCUCAUCAGCUGCCAACAGGACUGUCACCAUGGACAAGGACUUCCCAGCAACAAACCCCCCCAAGCCCCACUGCCAGCCCAGCACAGAGAUGUGCCGCAUCCCCAAGUAUGGCAGCCACUACGUGUCCCCGUACUCACGUGCUGCCAUUCAGAGGAAGAUGAGCAUCUUGGGGGGCCGGUGGCAGGCUGGCACCAGUGGCAGCAGGACAGCAAGGGUCUGAGCCGCCAGGGGGCCAGGAAAUGGUGUGGGGAUCUGGGGAGGGAACAGGCAUGCCAGGGCUGCGCUGCCUGGCCUCAGAGGACAACACUGCCCUAGCAGCCACUCAUUGCAGCAGUGUAACACUGUGGGCCAUAAAGAUGCUCCCUCCUUCAUUGCCUCUCCUGAGCAAUCUCUGGGCUCAUGGGGACAUAAGGGAUGUCCCUGGGGACUCAGUGACCACAGCCUGAUGCUUUUGGGCUGUG